GGCCGCCGGUGGCCUCGGCAGCGGCAGGAUGCGGACGGGCCGCGGGGAGGCGGCGGCGGCGGCGGCCGAGGAGGAUGCGGCCGAGGGGGCCAAGCGCGGCGGGGGAGCGGCGGGGGGGCGGGCGCGGGGCCGCGGAGGGAAGGGGUCCCCGAACGGCGAAUGCCGGCGGGGGGAAGCGCCGCGGAGCCCCGGCCCGGAGCCGCCCCGGGAGCCCAAGGUCUCGUUCUCCUGCGGCGGCGGCGGCACCGGGUCCCCCGGCGGGGCCAAGGCGGCCGAGGAGGGAGCGGGAGAGGAUGCGGGCGAGGAGGCCCGUGGGAGCCAGGCCAGCUUCAUGCAGCGGCAGUUCGGGGCCAUGCUCCAGCCCGGCGUCAACAAGUUCUCGCUGCGGAUGUUCGGCUCGCAGAAGGCGGUGGAGAGGGAGCAGGAGCGCGUCAAGUCCGCGGGGGCCUGGAUCAUUCACCCCUACAGCGACUUCAGGUUUUACUGGGACUUCACGAUGCUGCUGUUCAUGGUGGGCAACCUGAUCAUCAUCCCCGUGGGCAUCACCUUCUUCAAGGAGGAGACCACGGCGCCCUGGAUCGUGUUCAACGUGGUUUCCGACACCUUCUUCCUGAUGGAUCUGGUGCUGAACUUCCGGACAGGGAUUGUCAUUGAGGACAACACGGAAAUCAUCCUGGACCCUGAGAGGAUCAAGAAGAAGUACCUCAAGACCUGGUUUGUGGUGGACUUUGUCUCCUCCAUCCCCGUGGAUUACGUCUUCCUCAUUGUGGAGAAGGGCAUAGACUCGGAGGUGUACAAGACCGCCCGUGCGCUGCGCAUCGUGCGCUUCACCAAGAUCCUCAGCCUCCUGCGGCUCCUGCGCCUCUCGCGCCUCAUCCGCUACAUCCACCAGUGGGAGGAGAUCUUCCACAUGACGUACGACCUGGCCAGCGCCGUGAUGAGGAUCAUCAACCUCAUCGGCAUGAUGCUGCUGCUGUGCCACUGGGAUGGCUGCCUCCAGUUCCUGGUGCCCAUGCUGCAGGACUUCCCCCAGAACUGCUGGGUCUCCAUCAAUGGGAUGGUGAACGACUCCUGGAGCGAGCUCUACUCCUUCGCCCUCUUCAAGUCCAUGAGCCACAUGCUGUGCAUUGGCUACGGGAAGCAGGCGCCCGAGAGCAUGACGGACAUCUGGCUGACGAUGCUGAGCAUGAUCGUGGGUGCCACGUGCUACGCCAUGUUCAUCGGCCACGCCACCGCCCUCAUCCAGUCCCUGGACUCCUCCCGGCGCCAGUACCAGGAGAAGUACAAGCAGGUGGAGCAGUACAUGUCCUUCCAUAAGCUGCCCGCCGACUUCCGACAGAAGAUCCAUGACUACUACGAGCACCGUUACCAGGGCAAGAUGUUCGAUGAGGACAGCAUCCUGGGGGAGCUCAACGAGCCCCUGCGCGAGGAGAUCGUGAACUUCAACUGCCGCAAGCUGGUGGCCUCGAUGCCGCUGUUUGCCAACGCGGACCCCAACUUCGUCACGGCGAUGCUCACCAAGCUCAAGUUCGAGGUGUUCCAGCCGGGCGACUACAUCAUCCGCGAGGGCACCAUCGGCAAGAAGAUGUACUUCAUCCAGCACGGGGUGGUCAGCAUCCUCACCAAGGGCAACAAGGAGAUGAAGCUCUCCGACGGCUCCUACUUUGGAGAAAUCUGCCUGCUGACGCGGGGCCGGCGCACGGCCAGUGUCCGAGCAGACACCUACUGCCGCCUGUACUCGCUCUCGGUGGACAACUUCAACGAGGUGCUGGAGGAGUACCCCAUGAUGCGAAGGGCCUUCGAGACCGUGGCCAUCGACCGCCUCGACCGCAUCGGGAAGAAGAACUCGAUCCUGCUCCACAAAGUGCAGCACGACCUCAACUCUGGCGUCUUCAACAACCAGGAGAACGAGAUCAUCCAGGAGAUCGUCAAGUACGACCGGGAGAUGGUGCAGCAGGCGGAGCUGCAGCAGCACCCGGCCAUGUACAGCCCGGUCCAGCCGCAGGUCACCUCGGCCAUCGCCACCCUCCAACAAGCCGUGGCCAUGAGCUUCUGCCCGCAGAUGGCCAGCCCGCUGGUGGGCUCCAUGGCGCUGGGCUCGCCCCGCAUGAUGCGCCGCUUGCAGUACGCGCCGGCCGUGCCCAGCCCCUUCGCCGUGUCACCGGUGCUGCUGCAGCAGAGCCCCCCUCCGCAGCCGCAGCCUCCCGUGCCCCACGCCAACCCCUCUCCGGCGCAGGACCCGGCGCCCGCGCCCGCCUCCACCAGCGCCUUCGCCGCGGCCAGCCCCCCGACCCAAAGCCCGCUGGCCGCCCGGACGUUCGCCUACGGCGCGGGGCCGCUGGGCUCGCAGCUGUCGCUGGGCCAGCAGCAGGCUCCGGGCUCUCCGCAGCGCUUGGCCGCACACAAGAGCACGCAGGCGCUGCCCACCAGCAGCCUGAGCCAGGAUUCGAGGCCCCUCUCGGCCUCGCAGCCCUCCCUGCCCCACGGCCCGGGCAGCACCCAGAGCCCCCCGGCUUCGGCGCGCGAGUCCAGCGCCUCCAUCGGCGGGGGCCCUGCUGCCGCCUCCCCGGGCUCCGGUGCCCCCUCGGCUCCGCGGGGCCCGGCUCCAGCGCGGGGGUCCCCGUCGCACCCGGCGCUGGCAGGGCCGCAGGACUCGGCGGCCGCCGCGCCCGACACGGACCCGGCCAAGUCCAGGCUCUCUUCCAACUUGUGACCUCCGAGCCAAGGGGCACCGAGCGCAGCCUCGCCCCGGGCCCGAUGGGAGCACCGAGUGCCGGGGGUGGGCAAUGGGGCCGCUGCGCCCCCCCCACCCCAAACCACUGCAGGGGCCACCGGGCUGAGCCCCACUCCCCGACCAAAGUCUGGCCCCCACGUCCCGCUGCCCCCCAGCCGCCCCAUAGAAGCCACUGCACCAUCCCCGUGCCCAGCUCUGUGUGAGGUAUCUCUGAAUCCAUCCCUGUGUGUGUGCAUCCGCAGGACGCCCCCAGCGCCUGUCCCUGCUCCCCUCCACAGCCCCGACGUGAGGGGUGACGGUCCAGCACUGGAGGUAAGUUGGAGGGGAGGGUGUUGAGCUGGCUGCCCUGAGGCUUGUGAGCACCCCACAAACACGCUACCCCCAAACCCAGCCCCACGGCUCGGCAGGGGGGGAAAACACAGCCCAUCUGCCCCCAUAGACACUGGAGCUUGGGCCCCCAAACCCUGGGGCUGCCCCACAGCCAGACCCAGCUUUGAGGCUGGGGAAGGCACGUGUGUGUACCAGGGUGUGUGUGCAGGUAGGGACACGUGUGUGUAUGUAUGUAUGUGUAUGUAUGUAUGUGUAUGUGUGUGUGCAGGGGGAGCCUUCCAUGCUGAAUGCACACAGUGAGUGAGGGGCCUGGUGCUGGAGCUGCACAGCCGCGGGCCAGGGCCCAGCUCCAGGCGUCCACGUUCCCCUCCAGCCCAUCCUGUGCAAUAAACGUCAGCAGCUGACAGAGCCA